GUUAGAGCGGGGGGGCUGGGAGCCAGGACUCCCCUUUGAGUAACCACGUCUCCCCCCGCCCAGGCCCUGGCCUGUGGGAACCCCCCCUCGCCUGCAGACACGAUGAGCUCGGGCGGGGCCCGGGGUCCGGGGGGCUCCGUGCGGGAGUUCACGCGUCACGCCAGUGAUGUGCUGCUCAACCUGGACCAGCUCCGGCACCGCCGCGCCCUGACCGACGUCACCCUGCUGGUGGGGGGGCGCCCCCUGGUGGCCCACAAGGCCGUGCUCGCUGCCUGCAGUGGCUUCUUCUACUCCAUCUUCCUGGCCCAGGGGGGCAGCGAGGUCAGUGUCAUCACCCUGCCUGGAUCCAUCCAGCCCGGGGGCUUCCAGGCCCUGCUGGAUUUCAUGUACACCUCCCGCCUGCCCCUCACCCCAGCCUCCGUCCCAGCCCUGCUCAGCGCUGCCACCUACCUGCAGAUGGAGCACGUGGUGGACGCCUGUCACCGCUUCGUCCAGGCCAGUUACGACCGCGCUAGCUUCUACUCCAAGCCGCUCCCCUCCCCAGCAGACCCCAAGCCCCAGGACCCCCUCCAAGGACCUCCAGACGCCAGUGGGACGGUGCCCGCAGGGGGUCUCCACCCAGAGGGGCCGAGCCCAGGGGCCCCCCUGCGAUCGGUUCCAGCCAGGCCCCCGGCGAAGGAUUCUGGAGGGGCACCCCCGGGGGGGGAGCGGGGCCCCCCCCACAGCCCGUCGCGCUCCAAGGGGCACCCCGCCACCCCCCGCGAGUCCAGCGGCUGCGCCCCCGACCCCAAAGCCUGCAACUGGAAGAAAUACAAGUUCAUCGUCCUGAACUCCCUGCGGGGGGAGGGGGUGGGGGGAGGAGGCGGGGCCGGUCCCCAGCCCCCCGGCCCCCUGUCCCCUCCCGAGCCCCCGGUCGGUGGAGACCGAGGCGUCUGCCCUGGCGGGGAAGACGAGGGCGGCCCCAGGACCCAGCAUGACAGCGCCCCCUGCGGGCCGCCCCCCGCCCCGUCACCGUGCCCCCUGUGCACCCAGCGCCUUCCCCAGGGGCCGCCCCAGCCCGCACUGCCCCCUGUCUCCCCCCACCCCCCAGGUGAGAAGCCGUACCGCUGUGGAGUCUGCGGGGCCCAGUUCAACCGGCCGGCGAACCUCAAAACCCACUCACGGAUCCACUCAGGGGAAAAGCCCUACAAGUGUGAGACCUGCGGCUCCAGCUUCGUGCAGGUCGCCCACCUCCGGGCCCACGUGUUGAUCCACACGGGUGAAAAGCCCUACCCUUGCGAGACGUGCGGGACCCGCUUCCGGCACCUACAGACACUCAAGAGCCACAUCCGGAUCCACACGGGCGAGAAACCAUAUCACUGCGAGACCUGCCACCUGCACUUCCGGCACAAGAGCCAGCUGCGCUUGCACCUGCGGCAGAAGCACGGGGCCGUCACCAACACCAAGAUUCGCUACGCGGUGCUGGCCGGCCCGUCCGGCGCCCGCUGCUGAACGGGGACCGCGCUUCCUCCCCCUCCCAUCAGGGGGCAGGAGAGAGACACCGCUCUCCUCCCCCACCCCGCAUGGCUGCCACCUUCGCUCCUGCCAGCAGGGAGCGUUGUCUCGGGGUAGGGGGAAUUCCUGUCCCGUCAGGAGGGGCCCGCUGGUCGUGAACCCCUUUCAUGGCAUGUGUUGUCCUGUGGCGUCUGGGCUGGGGUGCUAUGGGACGUGGGGGGGCUAUGGGAUGCAGGAGGGUGGUCUCUCUAGUCUAUAGAGGACCCAGUUCUCCGUGUGUGUGUGUGGACGGAGUGUAUAUGCACCCUGUGUUUUGAAGUGGGUCUGCCAUUUUGCCUGCCCCCCCCCCCCAACGCUGGGGAGGGAACCCAGGAGUCCUGGCUCCCAGCCCCCCCUGCACUAACACACCACUCCCCUCCCAGAGCUGGGGAGAGAACCCAGGAGUCCUGGCUCC